GACGAUCGAGAUUUGUAGUGUAUAGUGUAGUUGUACUUCCUUCCCUUCCACCACUGAUGAGGUAAGAGGCGUAUGCAGUACAUACACACACACACACAUACAUGCAUACCUGAGCCACCUUUGAUAGGUAUCACAGGCCGCAACACCGUUUAGGCAGCACUCCAACUCCAACCACCACCAAACCACACCACACAAUGGAGCCCACCAACCCAGCCCCCGCCAACCCGGGGAUGCACUACCUCUACCACCCCGCCAACGACGCCUGCCCCCUCGCCUUCCAGUCCUCCCUCCCCAUCCCCAAGCCCACCACCUCCCCCGACGAAGCCAAUCGGUACGCGCACUGCAUCCUCCUGCUCCACGGCUUCAGCGGGUCCUCCGCGUACUUCGCGCGCAACUACCGCGCGCUGAGCGAGCGCCACUGGGUCGUCGCGCCCGAUCUGCGGGGGCACGGGAACUCCGGACGGGGGAGGGGAGGGUACCACGUCGCGCGGCUGGCGGCGGACGUGCGUGACUUGCUGGCGUUCUUGAGGGCGGCGAUGCCCGCGCUGGAGAGCAUCGUGCCGGUCGGCUGCUCGAUCGGCGCCGCGGUCCUGUGGACGUAUGUCGAGCUGUUUGGGAGCAGCGCGGACGACGGGAUACGCGGGUUCGUGUUCGUGGACCAGGCGCCGCUGCAGGACCGGUCGCCGGCGCUGGCUGGCAAUGGCGAUGACGACGACGAGUGGGGCCCCUCGCGCGCGCACCUGGGCUGCUACGACGAGGCGACGAUGCGCGCCGCGCAGCGCGAAUGGACCGAGGACCCGGCGGGCGCGCACGCCGGGCUCGUGAGGUCGUGUCUGGGGUACCGGCACAUCGGGCCAGACGACGACGACGACGCGGACAGGCGGCGGCGCGACGAGGAGUUCUUCACGAAGAUCAGCGAGCGCUGCGACCACGUGUGGCUCGCGCGGCUGCUGGCCGACCACACGCGGUACGACCACCGCGAGGCGAUCGAGAUGAUCGAGGUCCCGACGCUGGUGCUCGCGGGACGGAAGACGGGGUGUUUCCCGCUGGAGGGCAUGGAGGAGACGGUCAGGAGGGUGGAGAGGAGGAGGCCCGGGUUGGCGAGGAUGGAGGUCUUUGAGGCGGGGCAUUGGUUGUUUUAUGAGGAGCCGGAGAGGUUCAAUAGGGUGGUGGGAGAGUUUGUGGAUAGUUGUGUGAGUCUUGUACAAUAAACACAAAAAAACCAUUGUCUGGUCUUUGUCUCUUUCAGAAGGCUCGUGCCUCUAUUAUACAGUUUCUUUCAGCUACAUCGUGUGUAUAAGACCUCACAUAUAGAUAGAGAUUGUUCAAGUUCAUCCCCUCCCCUAUCACACCCAAUUCACUGAAAACUCAACCAUCAAAAACAAAACAACUACUUGCAGAAACAGCUUCGAUAUAUCAUCACUUUAUCGCUUUAUUCACACGAAAACAACAUGUGCACACAAGAGCUACCAGAGCAUGGGGAGGCUACCCCUAUCUAUACCGCUAUCACCAAGGCGUAUUGGUACAUCCACUAAGGGUCCUCAUGAUGGAAGGGACUGGUUAAAUCCUCAAUUCACAAGCAUUCCGAGGCAAUUUUUUUUAUAGAUAUUUACUUGGUAGCAAUGAGAGGGUAGUUUAAUAUUACUUAUUUAUUUUAUAUUUCAUGAAGCAGCUUACUUGACUUCUAUCUUUCUUAC